ACAAUCUGGGUCAGCUGCAGCUGGUUACUGCAUUUCUCCAUGUGGCAGACAGAGCAAAACCACAAUGCUUUCUCUGCUGGAUUAAAGACAGCCCACAGACCAGAACUUCCACUAUACUACUUAAAAUUACAUAGGUGGCUUGUCAAAUUCAAUUGAUUAGUGUUGUAAGAAGAAAAAGAAGUUCCUUAUUACAGCUUGGAUUCAACGGUCCAAAACAAAAAUGCAGUUGCCAUUAAAGUCACAGACGAGCAAACUUCUCCACUGAUUUUUAAGAGCAAGAAUAAGAGCAGCAAGUUUCUGGGUUUGCUCUCUCGACAGAUGCAAAAAGACAUCAAACAACCUCAUUUCAAAAUGAAGGCUUUUAUCUGGACGCUAAGUGUGCUAUUCUUCCUACUAAUGGGCAGUGGACAUUGCAGAGGAGGACAGUUCAAAAUAAAAAAAAUAACCCAGAGGAGAUACCCUCGUGCCACAGAAGGUAAAGAGGAAGCAAAGAAAUGUGCAUACACAUUCCUGGUACCCGAACAAAAAAUAACAGGGCCAAUUUGUGUCAACACCAAAGGACAAGAUGCAGGUACCAUUAAACACAUGAUCACCAGGAUGGACCUUGAAAACCUGAAGGACGUGCUCUCCAGGCAGAAGCGGGAGAUAGAUGUCCUGCAACUGGUGGUGGAUGUAGAUGGAAACAUUGUGAAUGAGGUAAAGCUGCUGAGAAAAGAAAGCCGUAACAUGAAUUCUCGUGUUACUCAACUCUAUAUGCAACUAUUACAUGAGAUUAUCCGUAAGAGGGAUAAUUCACUUGAACUUUCUCAGUUGGAAAAUAAAAUCCUCAAUGUCACCACAGAAAUGUUGAAGAUGGCAACAAGGUACAGGGAACUGGAGGUGAAAUAUGCUUCUUUGACUGAUCUUGUCAAUAACCAAUCUGUGAUGAUCACUUUGUUGGAAGAACAGUGCUUAAGGAUAUUUUCCCGACAAGACCCCCAUGUGUCUCCUCCUCUUGUCCAGGUGGUGCCACAACAUAUUCCUAACAGUCACCAGUAUACUCCUGGUCUGCUGGGAAGUAAUGAGAUACAGAGGGAUCCAGGUUAUCCUAGAGAUUUAAUGCCACUACCAGAUCUGGCAACUUCUCCCACCAAAAGCCCUUUCAAGAGACCACCAGUAACUUUCAUCAAUGAAGGACCAUUCAAAGACUGUCAGCAUGCAAAAGAAGCUGGACACUCAGUAAGUGGAAUUUAUAUGAUUAAACCUGAAAACAGCAGAGGACCGAUGCAGUUAUGGUGUGAGCACAGUUUGGAUCCUGGGGGUUGGACUGUUAUUCAGAAAAGAAUGGAUGGCUCUGUCAACUUCUUCAGAAAUUGGGAAAAUUAUAAGAAAGGGUUUGGAAACAUUGAUGGAGAAUACUGGCUUGGACUGGAAAAUAUCUAUACGCUUAGCAAUCAAGAUAAUUAUAAAUUGUUGAUUGAAUUAGAAGACUGGAGUGAUAAAAAAGUCUACGCAGAAUAUAGCAGCUUUCGUCUGGAGCCUGAGAGCGAAUUCUAUAGACUGCGCCUGGGAACUUACCAGGGAAAUGCAGGGGACUCUAUGAUGUGGCACAAUGGCAAACAGUUCACCACACUAGACAGAGAUAAAGAUAUGUAUGCAGGAAACUGCGCGCACUUCCAUAAAGGAGGAUGGUGGUACAACGCCUGCGCACACUCUAACCUGAAUGGAGUGUGGCACAGAGGAGGCCAGUACAGAAGCAAGUACCAAGAUGGAGUAUUCUGGGCCGAAUAUCGAGGCGGGUCAUACUCCUUGAGAGCAGUUCAGAUGAUGAUCAAGCCUAUUGACUGAAGAGAGACAGUCUCCAACUUAAAUGACAUAGAACUUUAUAUUUUCAGUUCCUAAAAAUGUAAAUUUCACAUGUAUAUUACUUCGCACAAUUUAUUUCUACAAAUAUAGUUUUUAAAUGAAUCUUACCAUAACUAUAAAAGGGGAUUUAUGAAUGUAGUUUCAUCUUCUCUUAAUAUACUUCAAAAGAGUAUUUGUAUCCAUAAUGCUAGUUAUUUUAAAAAUUUUAUUGACUACAUACAGGCAGUGUGUUUUCAAAAACGUAAAUAUUUGCCUAAAUGUAAAACAAAUCUUAGCUUUAUUUUAAAUCAAAACUGAAUACCUGUUCAAGAUCCUUAACAAUUUAUUUAAAAACUUUAUGAGAUUCCUCUAACUUCCAAGGGAAAAAUAAUUUUAAGAUUUCAGCCAAGUAAUACAUUUUAUUUAUAAAAAUAUAGACCGGAAAUUAGAGAAAACUCUAGUUUUGCCAAUAGAAAAUACUUUCUGCAUUGAAUAAAAGUUAUUUCAAUUGGAUUUGUGCCUUUCACAUGAAAUGAUUAAAUCUGAAUUAUUGACAAUAUAUUUUAUGCCAAUUUCCCAAAAGAAUUAAGUGAUCCACAGUAUUAAAAUAAAUACAUAUUUAAAAAAAUAAUGUAGGCAAUAUUUAAAUGCUCAAUUUGUAGAAAGAGAAAUAUACAAAUGAAUUUUUCAAUAUUAUCUUCACAUGAUUUGCUGGCACCAAAAUCUCCUGAAAUGCAUUAUGUUGUUAUAUCAGCAAAAUACUGAUAUUACAAAACGCAGAAUAUUUAAGUGAGCCAAUGGUUUUACAGAUCUGAAUUAUAACUUUAAACUUAUUAAUACCCCUCACACCCACCAGCCAAUUUGCUGAUCCUUACUAUUUGGAAAAAACCUCUCUGCUCUUCAAGUCAGAAAGCUUGGACAGCUUUAUAAGCAUUAUUGCAUACUUAUGAGUGAGACUAAAACAACUUCAAGGAACUGUUAGACAUUUUCCCAAUACUGAGAUUCAACAGCCUCAGAACAGAAUCCAUAGGGGUUUGGCUAUUCCAAAUUGCUAAUUCCAUUUUAUAGUGUGUGUGACUUUAUAACUCAUCUUUGCAACUAACAAGUUUAUUACCAACCUUCCGGAACAAUUUCCUUCCAGAAACAUGUUCUUACAGCUGAUCUUCCCUUAAUUCAUUUGUGAACUAAAAUUUUAGAGGAAUCUCAUGAGACUUUUGCUCAAGCAAAAAGAAAAUCCAGUCAGAACUGAAGAUAAUCAUUUGAACAACUCAAGUCCACCAACAUGACCAAUGGUUUUCCUCUGUCACAUCUCAAAAUAAAACUUCUGGUCGAAGAAGGUAAGAGAACAUCAAAACCCUACAGUGGCAUUAUUCUUUGUUUUACCCAUCAUCAUCUUAAAAUGGUUUUGAAGUCCUUCCCCACCAGCCCAGAACCAAAAGAAUCUGCUAUAAGAUUUCUGAGAAGAAUUAGGCAUCUAGUUGUUACGUCAUAUCUUAAUUGAACAGAACUUUACCAGGGCAUUCCAUUUAUUGACAGAACUAUAGUAUAUCACUUAAACAUCCAAAACCCUACGAAAGACAAGUCUUAAAUAGAAUCUUCACAGAAAAGGAAUGUUAUUCAAACUAGAAUGAUGUGAAAGUCAACAUACAAACUAGAAAACUGGUCAGAAUGCUAGGCCGCCUUGGCCACUGGGUCCACUUUGGUUUCCUUUACAGAUCCGACUAACUGUUUUGGAGUUCCUGGAGAGCUUAAGAACAAUUUAGGCAAGUGAGUUCCUUGAGAGCAGGGACUAAGAAGCAGUAUUAUAUGAUGGUUAAAUGUAGUAAAGUCAGAACUGCUUGGGUUUGUGGCCCAAUUCUACCAUUUACUAGCUGUGUUUCCUUGGGCAAUUUAUAUAUUCCUGCUUAAGUUUUCUUAUUUAUAAAAUGGAGAUAAUAACAGUACCCAGGUCAUGUAGUUAUUGUGAAAAUUAAAUGAGGUAAUACAUGUGGUAAAACAUUUAGAAUAAUGCUUGACAAAGUAAAGGCCCCAGUAGACUUUAGUUAUCAGAUUAUUACUAACCUAUGUACUUUCUGCAAUACCUAUCAUGAUGCCCUACACAGAGUACAUGGUGAAUAAAUGUGUUAAAAGAAACAAUAUCCAAAUUUUCAGGCAUAAAAUUACCUUGAUUCAUAAUCUUCAUCUGCAAACCUAACAGAGCUAUUAUGGCAGGUAGUUAAGACACUGGACCAUAAAAAAUUUUUAAAAAAAUUAAGGCAAGAAUACCCAUAGUAGGAAUUCCAGCCUAAUAAGGAUCUUGUGGGAGGUUAGACAGAUCAUCUGUGUGGCAGAUGAGAUCCAAUAGAUAGCUACUCUGUAGGUUACCCAGGAAUAAACAUGUGGUUGGCUGCCUUACUUCAGUAAGAUUGAGCUAUAACCUUGGAGCUGGUUUGCAGAAGGAUUCUUUAUGUUCAGUUAUUUAUUUAUUUUUUUUAAGAUUUUAUUUUUUUCCUUUUUCUCCCCAAAGCCCCCCACUACAUAGUUGUAUGUUC